GGUGAAUUGACGCGUCACUUUGCGUGGACGAUUAUUACAAUAUUUCUACUAUAUCAACUCUAAGCGUUAUAUUUUCCAACAACUGGGACUUUUUUUUUUUUUGGGAGAAGCUUUAUUUGUGGCCGAGCAGACAUAUCGCUGUUUCCUGACGCCCUGGUGUAUCAGCUGAGCCGGGUGAAAUUACACCUCCAGGACUUUUCUUUUUGUGUGUGUUUGUGUGUGUCAACUAACUUAAAAGAAAAGUCAACAUGGCAGAGACGUCGGCAGCUCCGGCCAAAGCCAAAAAGGCAGCAAAGCCCAAGAAACCUGCUUCUCAUCCCAAGUACUCGGACAUGAUCAAAGCGGCGAUCGCUCACGACGCCAGCCGGAGCGGAGCGUCCCGUCAGUCCAUCCAGAAGUACGUGAAGAAGAACUACAAGGUGGGCGACAAUGUCGACGUGCAGAUCAAAUUGGCCCUGAAGAGACUGGUGGCAAGCGGGAUGCUGCGCCACACCAAAGGCAUCGGUGCGUCCGGAUCCUUCAGGUUGACCAAACCAGAGGACUCCAAAAAACCAACCAAGGCAGCGGCGUCUGCCAAACCAAAGAAGGCACCCAAGCCCUCCAAACCCAAGAAGGCAGCCAAGCCCAAGAAGGUGUCCAAGACGCCGGAGAAGCCCAAGAAAGCGGCUGCAAAGAAAGUGAAAAAGGUCGUGAAGAAGGCGACGCCAACUAAAGCCAAAAAGGCACCAGCUAAGAAAACCAAGGCAGCCAAGCCCAAGGCAAAACCAGCAAAGAAGGCGGCCAAGCCCAGGGCGAAACCGGCGAAGAAGGCAGCCAAAACAGCAAAGAAGAAGUAAAUGGACAAUAUGAGAGAGACAGAAUCACUGUAAAUACUUCAGGAAAUGUUUUCGUAUAUGUAUUAUUUUUGUAAGGUCUGAUGCAAACUUAUGCUGUUUUUACUAGUAGUUUUCUCUCCAUUGCACUAUUGCCUAUAGAUGCUGUAGACAUAAUUGUGAGCAUUUUUUUUUUAUUUCGAGUUAAUAAUACUGUUAAUUUCUGUCUGAUCCUUGGAUACAAAUAAGCUAUUAUAGGGUCUUGCUGAGAAAGAAAAAAAAAGAUGUGUAUAUACAGCUGAACUAUUGAAUAGUUAUUGUUUCUGCACGAGGUCAUACUGAAAAUACAAAUGUGUCAAUGGUGUGCAUUGUCGAGCCUUGACAAUGUACAGACCAUGGGCAGUGGACGUCAGCAAGAUUCUCCUAAAUGCUCUAUAGUUGUCAUUCAAGCUCCAUUCUGUAAAUUUCCUCAUUUUCAGACGACUCAUGAUAUACAAGCAUCUCACUGUGUUCAGCCACUUUUAAAGACUGUUUAUACUGCAAUCCAAUAAACCUUUGUCAUCUUCUACGAAA